ACGACGACUCAUGAGACGUAGAAACGUCAAAGACCAUAGAAUGGUAAUACUAUUAUAUGUGAUCCUACAACAAGACACGGCCACCACAAAUCUCUGUCACAUUCUCUCCUUCCUUUUCAACCUUGUAUAUUAUUUUUACUUCUCUUUAUUAUUCGAAUCUCUAAAGCUUCUUUUUAUAUACACAACACACACGUCGAAACCACUAAAAAUCUCUAUUGCAAGAAAGAGAGAGUUCAAAAAUGAAAAACACCCAUUUACCUGAGGAAUCCAAGGAACCAAUCUCUCCAAGAUCUUCUCACCGGGAUCAUGUAUUGGUCGAGAAACAAAGCAAGACAGCUACAAAAACAUGUUUGCCUGAGACAACGGUGUUGUCAGGACGUGAGAGGCUGAAGAGACAUAGAGAUGAGGUUGCCGGAAAAGUUCCUAUACCGGAUAGUUGGGGAAAAGAAGGGUUGCUUAUGGGGUGGAUGGAUUUCUCGGCCUUCGACGCUGCUUUUACUUCGAGCCAGAUUGUUUCUGCUCGAGCUGCGUUAAUGGUUGACGCUGGAGAUGAUGCCGGGGCUAGAGGAAGUAGGCCUCAACGCCUUCGAGUUGAGAGUUCUUGUUGAUUCCUUUUUGUCUUAGAUAAAAUGUCUAUGCAAAUAAUACUCUCAUCUUGUUUUUGAAAUGUUUAUUAGAUACCUAUCUUCACAUUGAUUUUGGAAUUUUGAACCACUGAUACAAUUUUUCAAAGUUUUUAUAUAGUUCACUUUGUGUAAUUGAAUUGAUUUGUAAAUGGAAUUGCCGGUAAGACAAACCUAUUUUUUGGCUA